ACGGAAAUCUCCUUUGUCCGCGGGACCGAUGGCCGCCACCGUCCCCAGCAUCAGCACCAGCGGCGGCAGCAGCAGCGGCGGUGGCGGAGGGCCGGCGGGCCAGGCAGGACGACCGGGAUCCAACCAGCACACGUAGCGGCGGAGGAACCCCCCGUUGCCUCAACUGACCUCUAAACCUCUGACGCGCGGCCCUCAUCGUAAUCGAGCCUCAUCAUGACAAAGCGGCGUGUCGCCGACGUCGACUGGUGAAGCAGAAACAAAAACCCACGGCCGCCCGGAAACACCAUGACGGAGCUGAGGAGGAGGAGGGAGCUGCGAGCCGCCGGACGGGAAGACGCUUAGGACACAAAGGAUGUGUUCUUUUCCCUUUUCCUUCCUUGGACGAGCCUGAACGAUUCUCAUCGAAAAAAACAAUAAAAGACUUUGGACUUCCAGCCGGCGAUGUAGAGGGAGGCGGCGCUGACGAUUGUUGACUCCUGCACACGAGAGGACGACCGCGAUUGUUUUCCUACUGACACUCAAUCUGAUCGUUCAUCCAGAGAUCGAACUCCUUCUGUCCUGCUGCCUUUAGUCGACGUCUCAGGCCCAGACGGCAGAUCAGAUUGUGACUUCCUGGUCAGUUCGAGCCACAGGAGUCGAACGUGGAUUCGCCUGGCGAUCUGCGGGAGGGAGGCGCCAUGAUGACACACCUCCACGCCGGCCUGAGCUCGGAGACGACGGAGAAAGCUCGGUUAGAGCUGAACGAAAACCCCGACACUCUGCACCAGGACAUCCAGCAGGUGCGGGACAUGAUUGUGACGCGGCCCGACAUCGGUUUCCUGCGGACGGACGAUGACUUCAUCCUCCGCUUCCUGAGGGCCCGGAAGUUCGACCAAGGGGAAACCUUCCGACUGCUGGCGCAGUACUUCCAGUUCCGACAGCAGAACCUCGACAUGUUCCAGAGCUUCAAGGUGGACGACCCGGGGAUCAAGCGAGCGUUGAUGGAUGGUUUUCCGGGCGUGUUGGAGACUCCGGACCAGCACGGUCGAAAAAUCCUGAUCCUGUUCGCCUCCAACUGGGACCAGAGCAGGAACUCCUUCACAGACAUCCUGCGGGCCAUCCUGCUCUCUCUGGAGGUUCUGAUCGAAAACCCAGAGCUGCAGAUCAACGGCUUCGUCCUCAUCAUCGACUGGAGCAACUUCUCCUUCAAGCAGGCGUCUAAGCUCACGCCCAACAUCCUCAAACUGGCUAUCGAAGGUCUACAGGACAGUUUUCCCGCUCGGUUCGGAGGAAUCCACUUUGUGAAUCAGCCGUGGUACAUUCACGCCAUGUACACCAUCAUCAAGCCUUUCCUCAAGGACAAGACCAGGAAACGGAUCUUCCUCCACGGUAACAACCUGAACUCGCUCCACCAGCUCAUCCAACCCGAGUGUUUGCCGUCAGAGUUCGGCGGGACGUUGCCGCCGUACGACAUGGGCAUCUGGGCCCGGACGCUGCUGGGCCCCGACUACAACGACGACACGGAGUACACGCUGACGUACGACGCGCUGCACGUCAGGGAGAACUGUGGAGGAGGAGGAGGAGACAAGGAGAUGAUGAAGAGGUCUCAGUCGGCGGCGGAACCAGGGACUCUGCGACCGAACGACAGAGAGACGAGCACGCCGCUGCUGGCCCUGGACUGAACACACACACACACACACACACACGAAGAGCAACACACACAAAUUCACGCUCACAAACUAAAUCAACACACACACAGAUUUACUCCAGAAAAAAACACAACGUCCACUUUGACACAUGCACAUAAGUUCUUUUCUUUACAUCACAGAACUACAGUGUCCACACACACACACACACACACACACACACACACACACAGUCUGUCCUGUCUCUGAGCCAUCAGCCUCUCAACUGAGCUUCUCUCCAGCAGCAUCUGUUCUGAUGAACAACAACAACACUGAGGACUCACGUUCGACCACGCGACGAGUUUCUGCGAGACGAGUCAGAAAGGAAACGACCUUCUAGGUGUCAAACGUGAGGAAACUUUAUUCAAACCUCGGAGAGAAGUCGAACGUGAGGCAAACGAGAAACGAAAGCAAAAUUACAAUCAGAUCAAAAACUGACAAACAUUUACAGCCGGACGAAGCGACGACGGUUCUUUUAAACUGAGAUUGAGUUCAUUAAAUGUGUUUUUAAAAGGAUGAAACACAGAUUUGAAUGUUAAACCACUUUGAGCUUCAUGCAGUUUCAAAGGAGGUUUAACACGAAUCUUAUUUGAUUGAGAUUUGGAUUUGUGGCGAGAUGUGAUUGAAUCCUCGUUGGUGAGUCGUGUCUUCGUCAUCCUUAUUGUUUUUUUCUGAACCAUGAAUCAAAAAGAUCCAGAUCUGACGUCAGCUUCGCUCUGAAGUCUUCAUCGUCACGCGGGAGAGUUUCACCAAGAAAAGAAUGUCGGUAACUAAACUGACGUGAAGGAAGCUCCACUUUGGUAGAAAGAUUUCUACUUUUUUUCUUUCUUUCUUUCAUGUAAAACAACAAAAUCACGUCACGUCGGACCAUCUUCGCACACAAGCAUUUCAAAAUAAAAGCACUGCACGCGCGUCUCCCUGUAACCAGCUGUCCGUGUUCGACCAGGGCGAAAACAGAAUUGUGCUGUGAAGAAAAACGGCAGGAUGCCAAACGAUCACCUUCAAACCUCCUCUGCAGUGAAGGAUUGUUUUUAUUGAAUUUAACUUAUUCAAAGAUUGUAUAUUAAGUAUUAUUACACUGCAAAAGGAAACAAAUCAAGAGGCACACUUUUCCAGCCGGUCUGAGAUAUUUGAAGUGAAAUUAUCUCGCGACAGAAAUGAAUGAGAUCAUAUUUCUGAGGAAAGGUAAAUAAAAUCUGCAGGUCGAUAAUUUCUCUUGGAAAAAAAUGUAUCUUGACAUAAAAUGUAUUAUUUAUGAAGAGCGGCUUGACAAGUGUGAGGAAUUUUUUUUGCAGUGUUUGACUCGUCAUCAGGGCUACAGGUGAUCGGAUCCACCCGACUGUAACGUAAUGUAUUUUCCUUUCAAUGAAUGUAUAGAAUUAAACAUUUACACCAAC